AUGGAGGAAGAAGACUGCUUCGGGUUUGGAUCGUACGACGAGAUCUUUUCCCAUCCUGUUGGAUCUUCGACGACGACAAGUAACGAGAGCCUAGAUGGAGGUGAUGUGGCUGGAGCAGGUGGAAGGAUAUCUCCUGGCAGCAACGAUGUGUCCAGCGCCACAGCAAUUGAUGUCGGGACGCAUUUGCUCGAAAACAGCUUCUUUCUCGUCGAAGACGACGUGAAGUUCUCAACAAACGAAGCGCUCUUCCAUGGACGGCAUAUCGGUCUGAAGGUCAAGCAGAAUGGCAAGCUCGUGACUUUCAACUUUCCAACAACUACGGGUGAAUCGUCCCUAAAGAUGUGCAUCGAUUCAAAUUCAGGAACACAUGCGCUGGGAGACUUGUAUUUAGACAGAAAGGAGUUGUUCUGGCGUCCCAUGCGCCAUUCUGAUACGAUGCAGACCUCUUCCGGUCAAGUGUAUGGAUCGGAUCGGUACAGCCUUCGCAUCGGAUUGGAACACGUUCGUGAAGUCGUGCCGACCAAAAUCCAGAACGUGGUGCUGGCGCUGUCCAUUUCAAUAUCAGUCAUGGACAUCGCGUUUGAGUUCUCGUUCAUGCCGGGACCGUAUCACAAGAGCUCAAAGCGCGACGACUUGAUGGUACUCUUGCAAGAAACUUUGUCGACUGCCAACACGAUGCAGAAUGCCUUGUCUGCAGCUGCAUCAUCUUCCAUGGAUGCGCUCAACUCCGACUUGCUCUCGCUGGCAUCCAAUCCCGACGUCGCUGCACCUCCUCCUCUCAGUCGAGAAAUUGCAGCGCCCCGCCCAACUCGCAUGCGCCCAGAAGACAUCAGUCAGCGAAAUGCGCUCAUCCGAUCGUAUCUUCGUCUGAACCCGAUGUCUGACGAAGCCCUUGGCCUGGCAUCUCACAUUCUCCAAGCGUACGAGUACCCCAUCGGCCCGACGUGUUCAUCUACCCCGUCCUUCUUGGAUGACAAAGAGUACAGUGUCCAAGUUGACCAAGGGCAUGGAACGCAUGAAGAUGUCGUGGAAGCUCAACGACGACCGCCUUGA